AAUGAUCUAAUAAUUCCGAGUUCUGUAAAAAUACGAAAAAUGAGAGAAAAAGAAAAGUGUGGAUCUAUCUAGAACAAAGCCGCAAGCAAGACAAAAAAAAAGGGAAAGAAAAACACCUACCCCCAAAAAUGCAUCUUCUGAGUUGAAGAAGUAUAAACAAAUUCACAAAUAAAUUCCAGUAAAAUGGCAUUUCUAAGGUCAAUAGCAACAACAGCAACUGCGAUUUCAACCUUAGCUUUUUCUUCUUUAUCUUCUUCUUUCUCUCACUCUCAUCAUUCUCCAAACACUGACUUAUCUUCCAAUCCCAAAUCCAAUAACUCCUUCCGCCUCGUCAAAACAUUCGCUACAUCUCCUUCACCUCUUCUAAUGGACCAAAACCUCUCUUCUCAGACACAAACCGAUCAUGAUGUGUUGCCUGAGUUACUGACGGAGUAUAUGGUGGAUAUGAAAUGUGAAGGUUGUGUUAAUGCGGUUAAGAAUAAGCUUCAAACGAUUCAUGGAAUCAAGAACGUGGAGGUGGAUUUGAGCAAUCAGGUUGUUAGGAUUCUUGGUUCAACACCGGUAAAAACCAUGACUGAAGCUUUGGAGCAGACUGGUAAAAAAGCUCGAUUAAUUGGACAAGGAGUGCCAGAAGACUUCUUAAUAUCGGCAGCUGUCUCUGAAUUCAAAGGUCCGGAAAUUUUUGGUGUUGUUCGCCUGGCUCAAGUAAAUAUGGAACUAGCUAGAAUUGAAGCAAACUUCAGUGGGCUCUCACCAGGGAAGCAUUCUUGGUCUAUUAAUGAGUUUGGUGAUUUGACUAGAGGUGCGGCAAGCACCGGUAAAGUGUUCAACCCGUUAAACGAGGAAAACACUAAAGAGCCACUUGGUGACCUGGGAACACUAGAUGUGAACGAAAAGGGUGAGGCCUUCUUCACCGGGGUCAAAGAAAAGCUAAGAGUGUCUGAUCUUAUUGGACGAGCUGUUGUGUUAUAUGCAACUGAAGAUAAAUCAGAACAUGGUAUAGCUGCUGCAGUGGUUGCUAGAAGUGCAGCAGUGGGUGAAAACUACAAAAAGCUCUGUACAUGUGAUGGCACCACCAUAUGGGAGGCAAGCGACGCAGAUUUUGUUCCUAGCAAGUUCUGAUGAAUUAAUUUACGGAAAACAGAAUAUUGUAAUUUAUUUGUCUUACUGUGGCUCUCCAGCAUUUCAAAUUUGGAAAAGCUCUUGUAUUUGUAUACCAUUUUGAAAACAAUGUGUCUGUCAUAUACUUGUUACAUAAAUUAUACUAGUAGUUAUUUUAUGGACUGCAUGCUAUUUAAGAUAGCUUAUUCAAC